UCUUAGUGUUUUACACAUCACCCUCAUAGUCUAUGCAUGGACCAUGCAUAGUCCUCUAUUCUUUCCUAUCAUUCUAUCAUUUGAGCUUUGUAAUAUACUCCCUCCUUUUCUGAAACAAGUUCCACCUUUCCUUUUCGGGCAGAUUCAAAAUUAAGUUCCACUUUCAAACAUUUCCUUAUUAUCUACAUCAAAACAGUAUCAAACAGUGUCAAACAGUGCCAAACAGUGUUCAAACAGUGUCAAACAGUGCACUCCACAGUAAAGUCAAAUUUAUUUUCUUAAUAUGUGUGAAGUCAAAUGUGGAACUUGUUUUGGAAUCGGAGGGAGUAUAUAUAUAUAUAUACGCUCCAGACAAGUCUUGAGGUAUAACUUUUAUUAACGAUGGGGUAAUUUUUUUUAUAUUUCUUGUAUCCUCAAUUGCAUUUCCCUGAAAUGGGAAAGUGUUACGUAGUGCCAUUUUAGUGGAUUAUACAUCAUCCUGAAUCCUGAUUGUUUGAAACGCACAAUGGAUAACAAAAUCCUUGAUUAUGCAUAAGGGUAUUCUAAGGUUAUGGCAUGAGCACCAAAUGUUUGAUAUUUAGCUUGAGUUUUGCGGCAUUGUUUCUCUUAGUAAGUUUUUAUGCUAGCAUUUCUGGGUGGCUAUUCCAAGAAUUAUUUUUACUCCAAGAGCUGCUUACGAGAUGAAUUUGCUUUUCUGCAGAGUUCAAAGAAUAAUUCAAUGACCCCUUCCGGUAAUAAUAUUAUCCUUAACCACAAAUUCACUGAAGGGCUGGAUUCAUGGCACCACAAUGGCUGUGAAGCCUUUUUGGUUCCAGCAGGUGUGGAAAGUUAUGUUGUUAUUACAAACCGCAAGGAAUGUUGGCAAGGCUUGCAGCAAGAUAUUACAAACAGAGUUUCUGUAGGAUCCACCUAUACAGUUUGUGCUUAUGUUAGAGUGUCUGGUGCAAUUGGGGUCUCUAGUGAGGUCCGGGCUACCCUAAAACUUGAUUAUAGAGAUUCAUCUACUACCUAUGUUUUCAUAGGAAGAAAAUCUGUUUCUAAAGAUUGUUGGGAAAAACUGGAAGGAGCAUUUUCACUGUCUAGUAAACCUGACCGGGUUGUAUUUUAUCUGGAAGGACCUUUACCAGGAGUUGACCUACUCAUUAAAUCAGUUGUGGUUACCUGUUUUUACUCAAUAACAUGUGGAAAUUCUGGUUCACAAUCCAUCUCUUCUGAAGAAGGGAUCAUAUUGAACUCCACAUUUGAGGAUGGCAUGAUCAACUGGUCAGGGACAGGCUGCAAUUUUCUUCUGCACGAUACUAUAGAAAAUGGGAAGGUCCGUCCAGUGUUUGGUAAUGUUUUUGCACGUGCAACAGAACGGACACAUACUUGGAGUGGAAUUCAGCAAGAGAUAACAGGAAGAGUAUUGCGAAAGCUUGCCUAUGAGGUUCUUGCUACAGUUCGCUUAUAUGGUAACAAUGUCACCAGUUCAGCUGUUCAAGCAACAUUGUGGGUCCAGCUCGCUGAUCUUCGUGAGGAAUACAUAGGCAUUGCCACUGUACAAACAACAGACAAGGAGUGGUCACAAUUACGAGGAAAGUUUCUUCUUAAUGGUUUCCCAUCUAAGGUAAUUAUUUAUCUCGAGGGCCCACCCCCAGGCACUGACAUUUUCCUCGAUACCUUAACCGUGAAGCCUGCAGCUAAAGUUCUUCAAUCUCCUCCGCCAGUGAUCGAGAAUGUGGAUUUUGGUAUCAAUAUUAUCACAAACACCAACCUAAACAAUGACACAAAUGGAUGGUUUCCUUUUGGAAAUUGCACCCUCACUGUUGCAAUUGGCUCACCACUUAUAAUCCCUCCUGCGGCUAGAGAUUCUCUUGGAGCUCACCCGCAGUUAAGUGGUCGCUACCUUCUUGUGGGGAAACGUACAGAGACAUGGAUGGGUCCCGCACAGAUCAUUACACACAAAGUCAAAGUCUAUUUGACUUAUCAAGUUUCUGCAUGGGUUAGAAUUGGAAAAGCAGCCAGUGGGGCUCAGAGUGUGAAUGUUGCUCUUGAUGUGGACGGUCAAUGGGUGAAUGGGGGUCAAGCUGAGAUUAAUGAUGACAACAAAUGGCAUGAAAUUUGUGGAUCUUUCAGGAUUGAGAAAGAAGCAGCUAAGGUUAAGGUUUAUGUUCAGGGUCCUGCUCCAGGUGUUGACUUAAUGGUUGCAGCACUUCAAAUAUUUCGAGUUGAUAGAAAGGCGCGGUUUGACCACUUACGAAGAGAAACCGAUAAGAUACGCAAGCGAGAUGUCAUCUUGAGGAUCUCAGGAUCAGAAAGUUUUCAUGGGACUGCUGUGAAUGUAAGGCAAAUCCAAAAUAGCUUCCCGUUUGGGUCUUGUAUUAGCAGAGGAAACAUAGACAAUGAAGAGUACAGAGAUUUCUUUCUCAGAAAUUUUAAUUGGGCUGUCUUUGGGAAUGAGCUGAAAUGGCACUCAACAGAACCUCAACAAGGAAACAUAAACUACAAAGAUGCUGAUGAGCUCUUGGACUUUUGCAUGAGAAACAACGUUCACGUGCGUGGCCAUUGUAUUUGCUGGGAGGUCGAGGAUGUCGUUCAGCCAUGGGUCCGUGGCCUGGACAAGAAUGACCUGUCAAUUGCCAUCAAAGCACGCCUUACAAGCCUCCUCACGCGCUACAAGGGAAAGUUUAAACACUAUGAUGUGAACAAUGAGAUGAUGCAUGGCUCGUUCUAUCAAGACCGGCUCACGGAAGAUACCCUAGCCACCAUGUUCAAGGCUGCAAACAAUACUGACCCUUCUGCCCUCCUAUUUGUCAAUGAUUAUCAUGUUGAGGAUGGCUGUGAUGGCCAGUCAUGGCCGGAAAAAUACAUUGACCACAUUCUUGAACUCCAGGAACGUGGGGCACCUGUCGGGGGCAUAGGUAUCCAGGGACACAUAGAUUGCCCGAUUGGACCAAUCAUUCGUCAUUCUCUGAAUAAACUGGGAAUUCUCGGACUCCCUAUUUGGCUCACCAAGAUAGAUUUCUUUUCAAAGAAUGAAUAUAUUAGAGCUGACGAUUUGGAGGUUAUGCUCCGCGAAUGUUACGCUCACCCUUCUGUGGUGGGGAUAAUGUUGUGGGGAUUUUGGGAGCUAUUCAUGUCCAGGGAAAACUCUCAUUUAGUGAACGCUGAGGGGGAUCUUAAUGAGGCAGGCAAAAGGUAUGUUGCUCUUAAAAGAGAGUGGAUGUCACAUUGUCAUGGUGAUUUUAAUCAGCAGGGAGAGUUCUUCUUUAGAGGAUUUCAUGGAUCAUAUGAAGUGGAAGUCAUUGGAAGGUCAAAGGGAUUUACCAAGACAUUUGUGGUUGACAAGGGUGAGGAUGUUUUGAUAAUCUCCAUUGAUGCAUAGUUCAUAACUAUGCUUGGGAUGUACACAUUUCUAAGGCCUUAUUAUGAUCUUGUGCUUAUUUUAUCAUCAGAAGCAUACAUGCUUGAAUUAUUACCUUUUCAUACAAAAUGUCUAGAUUUUAUGUGGCAGAGUAUAUUUAUUGUCUUAUGGUGUAAAAAGCGAAAUUUCAAUAAAACAAUGUGAUAUUUCAAAAUAGAAAUACUAUGUUUCUGAGGCCGGA